AUGGAAACAACCACCUCCGAUCACGAGCUCAUUAGAAAUGCAAUCGCAAAUAUUGCCAUUGCAUUUGACACGAACACCUACGCGGAGCUUCGAAAUUCGUUUACAGAAGAUUGCGUGGCGGACUAUACAGGAUCGCUUGGUCUCAUGAACGGCAUCGACAAAGUUAUUGAGCAGCUGCAGAAGACCAUCGGGCACGUUACCACCUUCCACGGAUUGAGCACGCAAGUUAUACACCUCACUAGCAAAUAUACAGCUGAGGCUACGACGUAUUGCUCCGCGAGUCAUUACGUGGGCGACAAGUCGUUCUUCGCCGAAGCUAAGUAUUUUGAUAAGCUCGUCAAAGUUACUGAGGGAAAAACCACCAAGUGGUUGAUCAACCAUCGCUUGACCACGAUGAUGGGCGUUCCAAGGGGCGAUUUUUCUAUUUUCAACAUGGAUUUGGAAGGAUGA